UGUAUUAAACAUGUUGAACGAGUACAAUAUGGCAGCGCCCAUGAUGUACAUCAUGAGGUAACACUGCACUGGGACAGUAACGAUGGCUCUUUACCACCGACCUCUCUCAAGUCCACUAGUAAGAGUGAAGUUUUGCCAUUUGAAGCUUUGGAGGAAACUGACUAGAAGUUUGUACAGCAAAACUGGAAAAUGGGUGGACGAGUUUUCUUUGGAAACCCGUGAAGAGUUAGAGGCAUUUUGGAAGGAUAAACUACAGACGUACAGUAAAGAAUUGACUCUCAACAAACAGGACGAGAGACCAAAGUAUUAUGUCCUGUCCAUGUUCCCCUACCCCUCGGGGCGGCUGCACAUGGGACACGUCCGAGUCUAUACCAUCAGCGACACCUUUGCCCACUUCCAUCGUUUGAAUGGCAAACAGGUGCUGCAUCCGAUGGGAUGGGAUGCGUUUGGUCUUCCAGCUGAAAAUGCCGCCAUCGAAAGAAAACUCAAACCAGAUGACUGGACUUACAGCAAUAUAGAAUACAUGAAAAAGCAGUUGACAGAUCUGAGUAUGUGUUUCAAUUGGGAUAGGGAGGUAACUACUUGCAAUCCAGAUUACUAUCGCUGGACGCAGAGCAUCUUUGUCAAGUUGUACAGGGCGGGAUUGGCCUAUCAGAAAGAAGCGCUGGUCAACUGGGACCCGGUCGAUCAAACCGUGCUCGCCAAGGAACAGGUUGACGAGAAUGGAUGCUCGUGGAGAUCGGGAGCCAUAGUCGAACAAAAGCUCCUGAAACAAUGGUUCCUGAAAAUGACACACUACUCCAAGUCUUUGCUGGACGGGCUGGAGGACUUGCCCCACUGGCCAGCCGGUGUCAAGAGCAUGCAGGCCAAUUGGAUAGGAGAUUGCAGUGGCUGUGCCUUCAACUUCACACUGCAGGACUCAACGCAGCAUGUCAACACGGACCUCCCAAUCCACACCGCACAUCCUGAGCUCAUCUACGGCGCAUCGCACAUCGUCUUAGCACCCACCCACAUCCUGCUGAAGAAGAAGGAAUUUCUCAACCGUCUGUCCCCUGCUGUGCGAGUGCAGUUGAAGCAGAUCGAGUCUACAGAAUUAGACAUCAAUCUUGGCAUCAGUGCCUUUCAUCCUCUGACCCAGAAGUCGAUCCCCGUCUUCGCCUCAAGCCGCCUCCCCUUCCAGGAGAACGUGGAGUCCUCGCUGGGAAUCCCUUGCUUCUGCUGGGAGGAUCGAGAGUUUGCUGAGCUGCACGGUGUCUCGUUUGAGACGGUCAUCGAUAGAGGAAGCGGGGAGGCCAGACUGAUGAACUCAGAUAAGUUCACAGGAUUGACAGUGGAUGAAGCCAAGGCGGCCGUCAUGCAGCAUGCAAGGGAUCUGAAUGUAGGAGGUCACAUGACAAGCCCCAGGCAGUUUGAUUGGUUGAUUUCCAGACAGCGUUACUGGGGCACUCCGAUACCAAUCAUCAACUGUGACCAGUGUGGGGCUGUUCCUGUUCCGGAAGGGGAUCUUCCUGUAGUGCUGCCCAAACUAAACACCCUCACUGGAAAGGGAAUGUCGCCCCUGGCAGAGGCGACAGACUGGGUCAACGUGAGGUGCCCUGAAUGCAGUGGUGAUGCGAAGCGGGAGACAGACACCAUGGACACAUUUGUGGACUCAUCCUGGUAUUUCUUGAGGUACACUGACGCAGCCAAUGAGAAGGCAGCAUUUGGGCAAGAGGCAGCUGAUUGGCUGAUGCCGGUUGAUUUGUACAUCGGAGGCAAAGAGCAUGCCAUCAUGCAUCUACUCUACGCCCGUUUCAUCAACCACUUCCUCCACGACCAGGGCUUAGUGGCUCACAAGGAACCCUUCGCCUGUCUCCUGACCCAGGGACUAGUGAUGGGACAGAGCUACAGGGUGGCAUCCACAGGGCAGUACAUCAGGCCACAGGAGGUGGAGUUCAAAGGUGAGGAACCAGUGCAGAAGGAUACCGAUGAGAAACUGAUCGCCAAAUGGGAGAAGAUGAGCAAAUCCAAGCACAACGGCGUUGACCCGGAGGAAACAGCGAAGCAAUAUGGGAUUGAUACAGUCCGGUUGUUCAUCUUGAGUGGAAUACCACCUGAGCAUGACAUGCCGUGGAACAUUUCAACCAUUUCCGGAGUGAUGCGUUGGAAGAACAGAUUGUGGUCUCUCGUCACAAGAUUCAUCAGACUAAGAAACCAACGGGAGUGGUCCCAAGAAGUCCCUGAAGUGAAGAGAAAGAAACAUGAAACAAAGCUGGGAAAGCUGCGGAAUACAGCCAUUCAAGAGGUAACAGAGCAGUUCACUACCGACUACAUGCCCAGUGUUGCCAUCACACGUCUCAUGGAACUCACCAACACUCUACGGGGUUUUCCCGACGACGUCGUACGCAAUAGCCGUGCUUUUGAAGACACUGUCUGUGCGCUGUGCAUCAUGACAGCACCCAUGGCUCCAAUGAUCACAUCGGAGCUAUGGAGGGGCAUUGCUGGGGCACCUUACCACUUGACUGGCUACCACUGGGAUAGAAAUGUUUUACAGCAGUCGUGGCCGACACUGGAGCCAGAAUCCCAGGAAAAGGCAGCAUUUGUGAAUGUCACUGUCAAGGUAAACAACCAGACCAAAGGAGAAGUCAGGGUCCGGAGUGAACUACUUCAAAACGAACAUGAACUGAAGAGGCUGAUACUAGACAGUGACCUGGGUCAGGAGGUCGUAGGUCAAAGUAGCAUCAAAAGAAUUAUAGUUGCCGCAAAGGUUCCCUUAGUGAAUUUUGUCCUGGAGGCCCCAAGGUGAUAAGUGGAACAAAGAGACAAACUAGCAAAAUCAACUGAAGUCGUGUAUUUUAUUACGCAGAAAAACUUGCCCUUGAGUAGCUUCAUGUGAUAUUUCCAGGUCCUGGGUUUGAAUCUUGCUCU